GUCCUGGCAAACGAUGAUCUCAGACCCUUGAGGCUACUGGCGAAGCCUUAUAUAAGCGGCUGUGAGGUGAGCUUGAGACAACGAGUGAGGCUUGCCAUCCAGCAGUUGGUAGACAUCAUCUCUUACAAGACCUAAGAUGAAGGCUGUCGUCGUCGUUCUUCUUUGUGCCCUCGUGGCUGUCAGUGAAGCUGGCUUUAUUUCCCCAGGCUACGGCUUUGGUGGAUACGGCUACGGCAUUGGCGGCUUUGGUGGCAUUGGAGGUCUUGGAGGUCUUGGUGGUCUGGGCGGCUUUGGCGGUCUGUACGGUGUCAAAGGAAUCGGCAUCGGAGGCUUGGGUGGCAUCGGCCUCGGAGGCGUCGGUCUCGGUGGAAUUGGCAUUGGGGGCAUCGGCCUCGGCGGCAUCGGCCUUGGUGGCAUUGGCAUCGGUGGCAUCGGCCUUGGUGGUAUAGGAGGUGGUUUCUACAGAGGAUUCCCGUACUACAAGAAAUACGUCUACUAAGAAAUGAAGAAUUCAAGCCGCUGACGUCCAAGGAGAGGAUUUACCCAUUUGAAAUGGUAAAAACAGCAAUGUAAUGGCUACGUACACAGCUUUGAAGCAAUAAAUCUAUUAAUCAACGAUUAAA